GUAGACGUAAGGUACGUACCUUAAGCGCCUCACCCACAGACCCUCGAGAGUCAGAUUUAUUGGGGCACUCUUUUCUAUUUAAUUAAAAGCCUGCUUGUAUACGCCCACCCUUGUUGCCCGAUCGGGGCCAACAGGUCGCGGUGCCGCUGGUCAUGCACAUGCUCUGCGAUGCGGAAAACCAGCAGGUGGAGCCCGCCGGGGACGUGGAGACCAAACAGUGCCUCGCGGAGCGGAAGGUGCAGGCCUUCGCUCACCGCAUGAACGGAGGCUAUAAGACCAAGAAGGCCCGGGAGUUCCAGAAUGCAUUGUGGUACUACUGUUCGAGUUCGCCACGGGCCAGUUCCGCUUGGCCGAACCCAUCCUGCGCGUCCCGAAGAAGGACUUCACAAAGAAGAGCAUCGUCACCCACAUCGCGCCGUUCGCAGGCAAGUUUUUCCCACACGGCCGUAUUUUGUUUGUCGUAUCCUCAAUACAGCUCAUUCAGCGUUCAGGCUAGAUCAAUACAAAAGGAAGGAUAGGGAUGCCCCCGAUCCGUCCAAUUCGAAGCCCUGUCCUCAAAGAGACCGUCAUAUUCGCAUUAAUCUUGACUUCUCCUGAUCGUGGCGUUUAUCGCGUUCGCUUGUCUUCGAACGAACGAACGCAGGCGGCAAGACCGACCUCUCUGGCCCCGAGGUCUCGAACGAGGGCGACGAGGAGAUACUGGUUCGCGAGACGCCCUUCGACCGCCCCGACGAUGUUAUCGUCGAGGCUAGCGACCUGGAUGAUUUCCUCAACAACAUGUCGCCCUGAAUGUCGUCUGCGCUAAACCCGGCAGAAUCUGUAUCCUCCCAAGUAUGCCUGACAAGUUUUGGGGUGGGUUUCGAAGGGGGGAGACUUCAACCUCGAAGUUGCUGCUGGUAUUUCUUUGCGCGGAGUUAAUGUGUUGGCUCUGACACAGCUUCGCUGCUCGGUUGUCUCAUGUCCCCCACGGGGUUGAUGCAGUUAAGACAUCCACGCCCUGUCGCGCGGGAUGGUAUCAUCCUGGACACCCGACCUCACCUCUGCGCUUUUUUUGUAUCUGUAUUUAGGAUGCGUCGGAGCUGCAUUGAGCUGUAUACACCGGCUGCGUAUCACGUCGCGCAACGGGGACCUGCGCGACGUUCGCGGUGACGGUGUAUGAUGCAUGUUGCUCAGGAUGUCGGUUGUUGCGUAGUCGCCUUGCGGGUCAACAAGGCAGAGAUUUCUUUUCUUUUCUUUUUUCUGUGUGAUCUACUCCUGCUUUUUGGUGAAGUAGGCGGUUGGUGGCGGGGUCUUUUUUCGCGUCUGUCCGACGGCGGGAGCCUGCGCCGGCUUUGGGGGGGGGGGCUUGUUCUUGAUACCUAGGUGAAUCUCUGGGGCGGCUAAAAGUCUGCAAUAGUCUUGUUGGAUGUCAUCAGUUUGUACCUUCUUGAUCAUGAUGAUGUGAUGAUACCUUUGGUCGAGUAAAAUAUGCUGUUGGGGUGGCGCUUGGCGCGUUCCACACACAGGCCAGUGUUUGCGGUGUCUUUGUCUUGUACUUCGUAUGUUUUUGCCUCUCUUCAAUGGCGGUCGUUGAAUGCCCGGUCAAAUGUCCACGUCGCUUCUUAUAUAUGGCGUCACGUCCUGGAGUGUCAGAUUUUGCUUUUUGCUUUUCCUGUGUCUUUGAAGCAUGUAUCGCGUAGGUCGGAGAGAGUAGUGAUGUGCGCGUGUCAUACAUACGAAACGGAGGGCAUGGUAUCACUAGAUAAUGUUCGAGUUUUGUGUACGAAGGGUCGAGAUGCGUUGAAUGAGGGAGAAUCUUCGGACAGAUGGAUCGGUGUGUCAUGGAUUUGAUAUUCUGGCGCCGGCGGUUCCUGUCGGUCGAUACUCUGGCGUGUGCUUUGUCAUUCUUCGUGUUUCCUGUGUGCGCAUAAGCAUGCAUGUAGCCGGUGCUGCGGGAGUUACUGCUGUAACCGUAGAAAACAGAGAAAAUGAACCCGUUUCGCAAAGUCACCCCCCCCCCAAGGUGCACAGCCGGAGUCACCGUGCCAUGGUUGGUAGGCCUUGCCCUGACAAGGUUCCAGGACACCCCGGCCCUGUCAAGGUGGCAACCUAAGCGACACCUUGUCAAGGUCGUAGCCCUGGGACACCUUAGAAUGUGGCACCCUGUAUAGCUGCAAAAUCUGGUACCCUGCACGAGGUCCUCCCCCGUAACCCUGGAGGGGUAGCCGAAUGGCUACGGGU